AUGAUCCAGCCAUUUAUCGAUCGAUGGAUUCAGACCACAUCACCCUUCGCGUAUCUAUUGCUGGUGUUCGUCGCAGCCGUUUUGCUCGAUGCAGUUUCACCCACUUACACCGAACACGAGUUUGCAAUGGGACCUCCACGCACCCUGACCGAGAAGCUCCACCAGGUAAAGGACCCAGCAGCUCACAGCAUUCGACAUACCUUGUCCCCUUGGCCAGACCGCAGCCGUUCUCCAUCGAGGCAGAACCCAACACGAGUGAGGGUACAUACUCCACAGAAACAGCAGCAUAUGAGUGUCUCUCCGACUUCCGCCACCUCGACAUCACACUUACGAGCUCACAGCGGACCAGUUGGUGCACCCGGACGGAAGCCACCACUCCCCCGCAAUCGACCUACUAAAUCCACAACCACGCCGACAACCACAUCGCACCAUCAGCCAGACUACAACUACAACGACUACUUUCCGAGGACACGGACAUCCCUGACUCCCCAUUACGACUUCCGCUACCACGUGCCAGACGUUCACUGCGCUCCCAUUCUCAUCCAACACCAAUUUCUCCGCCUGAACAGGAAAAUCACUACGACCCACCGACGACUCCACCUUCGCAAACUCCGCAAACUAUGCAUCAACGACAUCUACGCUCCGAUGACACCACUGAAAUGGAUCCCCGAGGACCAGUUCUACCUCCACGAUCACGGCAGGAAAGCAUUGUACAGCGCACUUAUGAUGCAAGAAUUUCCGACUUCCCUGACCACGAUGACCUGGCAACCAGUUGGCUAUCAUAUCUGGUGGAAGCGCGAUUAUGGUCAGUUUGUGAGGUCUCUUGGCAACUGCCCGCCACCAACAUCUACCGCGGCGACAACCGCCUCUAUAUUGAUAUUCUGA